AUGCGAGCUAUCUCUCUGCUGUCACAGCAGCAGGACUACUUAGUUUCAGCGACUUCCGGUUUCCCACUAGCAGCUUUUCCAUCACCUGCUGCCUCGGAACUACAGGAGUGCCACGGAUUUCCGAGUGACCCUAUUCUGUGGGUGCAAGCGGCCAAUGCGCUCAGGGCACGCCAUGCCUGGCCCGACAAUACAAUAUGGUUGGUUGCGGCGGGGCGACUUCGAGGUGCCGCCAAGGCAUGGGAGAACUACGAGGGUAUCAAACAGUGGUCCUGGCCUGAGUGGAGUGCGGCUCUAAUAGCUGCUUUCGGCCAGCUACCUUCUGCCUGCGGUGAGCCCGACCAGAAAAGUUCUGCUCACGGUGCUCCGGCGAGCCACUGCUUCGAUGCUGCGGCAUGUGUGCCCAGCAACGCGUCGACAGAGUGCAGCGGCGGCGGGUCCAGACCUCAGCCGCCACCGCAUCGGUCACAGGCCUCCCGUUUGAACAGCUCCACGUCGUUGUCCUCCGCCAUCCAUGGCGGGCCCGGCGGCGAGGCCUACAAGACAGCGGAUGAAGCUGCAGAUGAGAUGACCCGCCAGCCCGUCUACGAGACGACGUUAGGCACACGUGUCAAGCAGCUAGAACCCGACCAGGGCCCGGACCGACCGGUCCAGAGUUCCGCAAUCACCCUCCUCGGGCCGCAGCAGCAUCCGCGCGCAGGUCCACUCCACCCGGUGCCGCCAUCGCCCUCGCCCCCGGGAGUGUCAGCCACACCAGGCCACAAGGGAGGCACUACAAGACAGCCCCCACCGCAGGACGCCCGCCGCCCGAAGCGACCACCGCACCAGGGGAGCAGCCGCAGCGCGCCGGUAUCCUCCAGUACCCAGCAGCAACCAGUCCCAACACCCCAUGGUUCCAGCAGCAGUGGCGGUGGCACUCGCUCAGCACCGACUCCCGCCACCAGAGAUCACGACCCGGUGUUCAGGCAAGCGUCAGCGGCCAUUGACCAGAGACAUCCACCACCAUGGUCGCCCACCUCCGGGAACGCCCCCGCCAGGGCCGUCGCCGUCAAGCGCAUCAUCCAUGCAGGCGUCAAGGCGCUCCCCCUAGGGUCAGCACGGCGCCCAAGGCACAGCGGCCACCGCAACGAAGCGCCGCCCCAGAAUGGCUCCGACCAUGCCCUCCAGCCACCCAGAGCACCACCACCCGCGAACAGCUUCCCAAGCUACCCCUGUGGCAGUCCCCGAAAGCCUGAGGAGAAGAGGGGAAGACCGGCAGCACCACCCACAAAAAUGAACGGAGCACCCUCCAAGGGAAUGUCCCCAACCCCGCCCGAAAACGACAACGCUCAGCGGCAAGACAAUCGACGGCAAGACCCGCGACCAGAGCGCAACACGCGCAUUCACAACCGCCAGAGCUAUCUUCAGCAGCGUGGCCGAGUGUAA